GAAGAAGAAACACAUUGACGACGGGCAGUGGCUGAGCGCGAAUCCGAUGCGAGGGCGUCCUGCCUGGCUUCCUGCUGCCUGCAUCAUCCGCUGAGGCGCUGAUCAGGGACAGCCGAGCCGAACUGGAGAGCGGAGGGGUACAAUGGCGUUCACGUUCGCGGCCUUUUGUUACAUGCUCGCAUUACUGCUCACGGCGGCGCUCAUCUUCUUUGCCAUCUGGCACAUAAUCGCGUUCGACGAGCUGAAGACGGACUACAAGAAUCCCAUAGAUCAGUGUAACACUUUAAAUCCAACAGUCGAAAAGGUAAAAAAGAUUAAACGAGUCAAAAUUGCCCUGAAGCUGGUGCUUCCUGAGUAUCUCAUCCACUUCUUCUUCUGCGUCAUGUUCUUCUGCGCCGCCGAGUGGCUCACGCUCGUCCUCAACCUGCCGCUGUUGGCCUACCAUGUCUGGAGGUACAUGAGCAGACCAGUGAUGAGCUGUCCAGGACUGUACGACCCGACGACCAUCAUGAAUGCUGACAUCCUGGCGUACUGUCAGAAGGAAGGCUGGUGCAAGCUGGCCUUCUACCUCCUCUCCUUCUUCUACUAUCUCUACGGCAUGAUCUACGUUUUGGUGAGCUCAUAAGGUUGGACGUACGAAUGAUGACGGCGAAACGGGUCGGGAUGCUUGGAACUCGGAGCUGUGUGAACACCCACCCACACACAAACACACACACAAACACUCUAGGGAGCCGCCAGAGAUUGCCACCAUCGGCAACACGAGACGCCAUCUUGAAUCUCUCCGGGCCUCCGCCGCAACAUUUUACGGACAAAACCGACAAGGACAUUUUUUUUUUUUCCUCCCACCCUCUCAGCCCUGCUUUCUUUUUAGGUUUCAUGGCGGCUCCGGGUAGCUAGUCGACAACCUAAGAGUGUUUACAAACUAAAUAUUUUCCCGUGUGCGUUUUGAGAGCUCGAAUUGUAUUUUGGCAUAAAGCAGUGGAAACGGGAUACAUUCGCCCUCUUGUAGUGUUCAUUUUGUGCGUUAGACCAAAUUUAAUAGGUAGACUCAACAACGCCGUGAUGUACUGGCUGCUAGUUGGUCACUUCCUCCAAAUACUGCGGAUGACCUGUACUGUUGGUUUAUUGUACUUCAUUCCCCACUCCCUCAAUGUUUCUGUUGUAAUUUGUAUUCGGACGUCUCCUGCACUCCUCCCAACGAGCCACGCUUGAUACUUCAAACACUAGCCUCGCCGUCAAACAAAAGCGUUGACUGACAUUUUCAAAUUUUGUCCAGAAACAGGGUGAAAACUAUCAUGUCGCAUCCUCACAAUGUCACUUUUAAGUCUUGACCACUUGAGUUUAUAGGACGAAAAUAAAGCCAUCCCACUCUGUUUUA